AUGUCGGAUCCACCUGUGAAGCGUUAUAGACGAGAUGCGAGGUCUUCAGAGUCGGAAGAAGAUAUUGAUAAUUACGAACCCUAUGUACCAGUAAAAGAACGUAUGAAACAAAAAUUAUUAAAGUUAGGACGGUUAGGCCAAGUUGCGGCUGAAGCGUCAGCGGAAACCAAAAGUUCAAGUGAUAAUGAUCCUGAUGAUGAUGCUUCUCAAGAGGAAUGGGGUCGUAAAUACAAUGUAUCACUAUUAGACCAGCAUAGUGAACUAAAAAGGAUUGCAGAAGCCCGUGCCUUAUCUGCUGCAGAAAGACAGGCCAAGGAAGAAGAACAUAUUCUAGAGAGUGUUGCACAGAGUAAAGCAUUGAUGGGUGUUGCAGAAUUGGCUAAGGGAAUUCAAUACUUAGAACCAAUAAAAACAUCAUGGAAGCCACCUAGACGUAUAUUGGAGUUGCCAGAGGCAAGGCACGAGAGAGUGAGACAGCAGUUAAGAAUAUUAGUAGAGGGUGAGGAUGUGCCUCCUCCGAUCCUAACAUUCCAGCAUAUGAAGUUUCCUAAGGACAUCCUUCGAGGUUUAGAAGUGAAAGGCAUAAAGAAGCCCACACCAAUUCAAGUCCAAGGUAUACCAGCGGUGCUCAGUGGCAGGGACAUGAUAGGUAUAGCCUUCACUGGCUCUGGAAAGACCCUGGUCUUCACUCUCCCCAUCAUCAUGUUCUGUUUGGAGCAGGAGGUGAAGAUGCCUUUCAUCAGAAACGAAGGGCCAUACGGACUUAUAAUUUGCCCAUCCAGAGAACUUGCAAAACAAACUCAUGAUAUAAUACAGCAUUUUAUUAAACAAUUAAGGAUGAGUGGCAACCCUGAAAUUAGAAGUUGCUUGGCCAUUGGAGGGGUAGCAGUAUCAGAAUGUAUGGAAGUGGUGCAAAGAGGUGUUCACAUCAUGGUGGCCACCCCUGGCAGGCUCAUGGAUAUGUUGGAUAAGAAAAUGGUGCGACUGAAUGUAUGCAGAUAUUUAUGUAUGGACGAAGCGGACAGGAUGAUAGAUAUGGGAUUCGAAGAGGAUGUUAGAACUAUAUUCUCAUACUUCGCGGGCCAACGACAGACCUUGCUCUUCAGCGCCACUAUGCCGAGGAAAAUACAGAAUUUUGCUAGGUCCGCGCUGGUGAAGCCGGUGACGGUGAACGUGGGGCGCGCGGGCGCCGCGUCCCUCACCGUGCGCCAGGAGCUGGAGCUGGUGCAGGCGGAGGCGCGCACCGUGCACCUGCUGCAGUGCCUGCAGAAGACUCCGCCCCCCGUGUUGGUGUUCGCUGAGAGGAAGCAGCACGUGGACGCCAUACAUGAGUAUCUGCUCCUGAAGGGAGUCGAAGCCGUGGCCAUCCAUGGCGGGAAGGACCAGGACGAGCGCUCCCGUGCAGUGGAAGCCUUCCGACGUGGGGAGAAAGACGUGUUAGUUGCUACCGAUGUUGCCAGCAAAGGUCUGGACUUCCAGAACAUCCAGCACGUGAUCAACUACGACAUGCCGGAGGACAUCGAGAACUACGUGCACCGCAUCGGGCGCACCGGCCGCGCCGGCGGCGGCGGCGUCGCCACCACGCUGCUGGGCCGCGCCGCCGACUGCAGCGUGCUGCGCGACCUCGCGCACCUCCUCACCGAGGCGGGGCAGCGGGUACCCGCAUUCCUGUUGGAGAUGAUCGGGGAGCCCGACGUGCCGGUGGCGGCGGGGCCGGGCUGCUCCUACUGCGGGGGCCUUGGACACAGGAUCACCGAAUGUCCAAAACUCGAGGCGGUUCAAAACAAGCAAGCGUCGAAUAUUGGAAGGAGGGAUUAUUUGGCGAAUACUGCAGCGGAUUAU